GAGCGGCGGGGGCGGAGCGCGGCCCAGGCGGCGGCCGGGCUGAGCCGGGCGGCGCCGCGGGCAGAGCUGUCUUUGAAGAUCAUAAUGCAGCAGAAAAAUGAAAAGCCAUAGAAGACAUUUGCUUUGGCAAAGAAGUCAGCCGCAGGCCCAAUCUGGAAGAUGGACCACUGGUUUUGGGAAACUUGGGAAAUACUGCUUCCAAAAGCAAGUUUUCCUAACUUAGAAGAGAAGACAGAGUGCUCAUCUAUUUGUGAGAUUAAAUCACAACAAACUGUGCAGAAGGAAGACACUUGAGCUCCAAAGCAGGUGGGCUCCUGAUGUGCUUCUAAAUGCAGAAACCUGUCCAAAACCUACUGUUGAAGUAGUUAUAAAACCACUGAGAGCAAAAAGAUCCUGUCCCUAUCACGAAGCUGAAAGCUCGUCUGGAGAAGCAGUAAGGAAACUCAACAAUGAAUCCUUUCAGAGUAAAGAUCCCUUGAAUGAAGAAUUUGAAACUGUUUCUGUUUUCAAUAGCAUCUCUGGCCAUAUCCAUUAUGUCUCAUGUGGCUGGCUGGAAGGUGCUGCCUUACCUGUAAAGAAAGGUAGUUUUGUAUAUUGUGGGGAGGAGAGCAAUAAUGAUGUGGGCGACACAGUCCUGGUAGUUUUAAACAACUAUAAAAGGAAAUGCUGUUGCAAAGGGAGUGGAAUGGAACUUGUGGCCCCUUGACAGCUCUAAAGAGGUCCAAAUUUAACCAUCAUACUGUAAAAAAGAGAUUUUUAUUUAUGAUGCAUAAGAAACUUUCUAUGGUUAGGUUUCGGUAUAGAAUCAUAAAAUUCCCGAAACUUCGAGCAAGAGGCAAGACUUGCAAAUUAAGAAAAAUCAAGCGAAGGUGGGUGCAGAAAGUUACAAGGGACCAUCAAGAAACGCUUCAGCAGGAUUUUGAAAGUGGGUUCUGUAAUUUGUUUUCCUCCUGGAAAUCUAAAAGUAAGCGUCUUUGGAAGCGGUACAGCUUAUCAGAUAUGAACAAUAAUACACCCAAAUCUGUAGGAGCAGAAAAUGAAAUAUGUGCACCUGAGAUCUGCCACACACAGGAUGUGUCUGCUGAGCCGUGUUCUGAGGAUCCAGCAUCCAGAGGGCAGGAUGGCAGUGUCGAUGCUGUCCCACCAGAACUGCAUGUUAGAGCUUCUCCAGAGGCAGAAACCUUGCACCAAGUGGAGACCAACGGGGCUCUGGCAGAGGAUCAUUGCUCUGACAUUGUCGUCUCUGUGACAGGAAAAGAAAUUGGUGUUUCAGAUCAAGAUGGUGCAGAAUCCAAGGAGGUUGAGGGUGUAGAUGGAAUGACACUGUUGCAAUCCUCUUUGCCGGAUUCUGAUGUCAGUGAUAAUUUUGCAAAUGGACCUUUCUCCAUGGAGCUGGCACAGAAUGAGGACAGCUCUAGCCAGAUGGAAGUAGAAGGCUCCUUAAACCUGGACAUUUUUAGUUCAAAAUUACUAGAUCACCCUUACUGUAAAAGUCCUCUUGAGGAGCCUUCACCAGAAAGCACAGGAAAAAAUCUGAAAUCAGGAACUCGGAAGGGAAGCAAAAGGAACAGUCAGAAAACUUCCCGGGUGGCUGAUGAGCAGUUGGCAUCGUGGCUUUGUGGAUUCCUAGAUGAAGUUAUGAAGAAAUAUGGCAGUUUAGUACCACUCUGUGAAAAAGAUGUCAUGGGAAGAUUAAAAGAAGUCUUUAAUGAAGAUUUCUCCCAUAGAAAACCUUUUAUCACCAGGGAAAUCAUGAAGUAUCGGGAAAAACAUCCAAAAACCUCCACUUGCAAUUUCCGGGUCUUCUAUAAUAAGCACAUGCUAGAUAUGGAUGAUUUGGCUACACUGGAAGGCCAGAACUGGCUGAAUGACCAGAUAAUUAACAUGUAUGGUGAACUCGUAAUGGAUGCAGUCCCUGAAAAGGUUCAUUUCUUUAACAGCUUUUUUCAUAGACAGCUUGUAACCAAAGGAUAUAAUGGGGUGAAACGAUGGACUAAAAAGGUGGACUUGUUUAAAAAGACUCUCUUGUUAAUUCCUAUUCAUCUGGAAGUCCACUGGUCCCUCAUUACUGUGAACAUCCCCAGUCGAAUUAUUUCAUUUUACGAUUCCCAAGGCAUUCAUUUUAAGUUUUGUGUAGAGAACAUUCGAAAGUAUUUGCUGACUGAAGCAAAAGAGAAGAAUCACCCCGAGUUCCUUCAGGGUUGGCAGACUGCUGUGACAAAGUGCAUUCCACAACAGAAAAAUGACAGUGACUGUGGGGUUUUUGUGCUCCAGUACUGCAAGUGCCUCGCCUUAGACCAGCCUUUUCAGUUCUCCCAGGAAGAUAUGCCCCGAGUGAGAAAAAGGAUUUACAAGGAGCUGUGUGAACGCCAGCUAAUAGACUAAUAAAAUGCAGCCAACCUAAUUUCUCUGGCAUUUCUGACAAGUUGCAGCUGGUGUUUGUGUACUUGAAUUUCUGAAAAUUUCCAUAAAUUUUGAGCGUUUCUCAGCUGAGUGGUGUGGCCACUGUUGUUACCUCAAUCUUCUGCAAAGUUCUUUAAUUGGCAGAAUAUAACAGAGCUGCCAUAGACUAUUCCUAAUGUCAGUUUGGUUCUCUUAUGUUCUUUCCUGUAUUUAAUAUUUAUUAUUUCAGCAUGCAUAUAGGCAAAGCAUGCAACUAAAACCAUGAAAUGGUAGAUUUGGGGCACCUUUGAGGUGUAGCUAGAAAUGACAAAUACAGGUGAAUUUGUCGGGAAAAAUAAAGAUGCAUGAUAUGUUUUCUGAUGCAAUAAUGCUUUGAAUGUAUCAAAAAAAAAUCAAUGCCAUAAAAAGAACAGCUAGAACCUAUUUGAUAGUUCCAUUGUCCCUGUUGUGGCUGUGUAAUACUGAAUACCACAUUUUACACAUUUUUAGGGUGACUAAAUUCAUCUACAGUUUUAAUUUGUGAAGAUCCCUUUUUCAAAUAGUUCAAGAUGCUAAUAAAAUUUGUUCUGUUAGCAUUUCUCUGGCUGUCAUUAUCAGCCUGUCUAUAGAUAAAAAGCAGCCUUUGCACAAAUAAAGCUUCAGCAUUUGUCUGUAUAAUAGAAAGUACAGAAGUGUUCAGUCAGUCGGAUGGUAAGUUCCUAGAUGCUGCAGAAGUCUCCAUGAUGUGUGUAUUAAGGAGAAUUAUAAAGCUGGCCUUGAAGAGUCACAGCUUAGAUCGUAAGAUAAACUCCUUGGCUGUAACUGUUUACAUCUCAGAUGGCUUUGAGUCAUUUCUCAGAUCCACAAUAUGCAGUGAAAAUGUACCAUUUCUCCCUUCAGCUCUGUCUUCAAAGAUUGUUGUCUUUAACCUUCCGUUGGCUUUUGCUUUUGUUCAAAUGUAAAUUAAUUCAUUUCUGCUGCAUCUGCUGUUUGAUUGUCUCCAACAUCCCUGGUUUUGUCUGCGUUCAGUAGCACGAUGGGUCUGGUUGGGAGUUCCAGCACUUGUGGUGGGUGCAGUACAAACACAGCAAGGUGAUGUCAUCCUGCUCCAGAGGGGUAGGAGCCCUCAAGCCCAGCCCUGAACUUUGCAGGGUUGUUGUGCUGGGCAAAGGAUGAGGGAGAGCAGUGGAUCUGCUGGGCUUUCACCUUGGUCUGUAAACUGUGAUGUGCUCCUUGCUGAAGGGAGCUACUUCUGUUUGAAGAGAUUGUUGUCUGGCACUGCUACACCGGCAAAUGUCUUUGCUGUGUUUUUCUGCCAGAUACAGGAAUGAGCCCAGAGGAAAAGUAUUUUCAUUGCUUAACAUCAUCUGCUGCACAGCUUCACUUUUUGUCUGUCCGUAGCCCUGGCUUCUGAUGGAGGAAAACCACUUUGACUUCCCUGUCUUGCAAAUUAAUUCAAACUUGAGCUAAGCCAGGUGCAAAUCCCUCCUAGAUGAUGGGAGGGAGAAGGGAGAGAGUGCCAAGCACAGUCAGGCCAGGAAGUGGAAGCACGUGCACACUGUGCUCUGCUGGAGAAGGAGUUCCUGCAGUAUCCUUGCAUGUUCCCACUUCCCCUUGUUGGCAGCUGGCAAGGACUGGCUUAAUUUAGCAAGAUAAGGAAAGCCUUAAGCACUUGGUUAGAUAAUUUAAACAAGGAACUUAAUGAAUCAGAAAGAACCUAAAAUCCAGACAAGCAAGAUACAUCUGCCCAUUGUAUGGUGCAGAGCGCCCCACAGCACAGGGUUUAUUUGUGUUUCCCUGAGGUGUAACUGACAGGACAGCAGCACCUUCUUGAGGUGUGUGCUUGUGAGCAGUGGAGGGUGACUUCCAUGAAAACUGAAACUUGAGAUGUAGUUUCUCCUGUGCGGUAGCACAUAUAAGCCAGUGCUGCCAUUCUCAUCUUCUCUGUGCACUGGUGUCACAGGAAUGAUUCCAAUGCUUAUGUGGUGGGACAACUGAUCCAGGCCACAACUAACCCAGAGGACAGUUCUUACCUCAGUAUAAUUUGCUACUCAGUGUAUAUCCUGGCAUGAAGGAAUACACAGGAUUGGGUGGCCAGGAAGAGAUGUGGAGGUGGUGCCACUUUGGGUGCAUUGCAAGUGAGGCUUUAUUUUCAAGACUGUCAGAAAGGGAGUGGAACAAAAAGAAAACUGCAUGAGCAAAUUGCUUUUAUUUUCAGAACUUGAGCAAUUUGGUAAGGAAGCUUGAAAGGUGUCCUGUGAGACUACCAGCCUGGGAAGCUCAAUGCCUCAAAGAAAAACCCUUAUUUUUUUGCAACUUGCGUUGUCUUGUUGAAAGAUAUUUUUCAUUGCAUGGGAAUGUGCUGGAACAUUGCACUACAGACAGUUGUUUCCUGAGGCUUGAUGCCUACUACUGGUUGGUAGGAUCCAUCUUGCUCUAUAUGAGAGAUCGUGAGGAGUCUUUAAUCACAAUCCCCUUAUCAGCAGCAUCAGCCAAAGUGCGGGAUUUCUGUGAACUGUGUGUUGAACAUGGGUGCUUUGAAGCAAGUGCAUGUGUGUCCCAGAUCGUUUGAGGGGAGGGGGCUUGCACUUGAAUCUGCUGCCUUGUGAACUGGGGAACAGGGUGGGGAAACAUGCAUGUUGGAAAGUACUUCUUAUGUGCUUUCUUGUCAUCUAGAGGUUUCCUGACAAGUGUUCCAGUUGGUUAUGGGGCAGCACAGAGGAGUUGCACUUGAGUCUCCAGCUGUGAACACACCAGUGAGGGGCCUCUGAAAAAAAAAAAAAGAAGGGGAAAUUGAAAACAGAUCUAAUGUAAGCAAAGUAUGUUGGUGCAGUGUUGAAAUUAAUCACAGGCAGUCGGAAUCUCAGGCUCUGUAAUGGUGUAUCCUGUGAAACUGGACUAAUUAACUCCUCCUUGAGAAUGUCUUUGAUGCCUUAAAGGAGAUGGACUUCAUAAUCUGUAGUCAUUUUACUAGUUCUUAAAACAUUCAGAACUAUGUAGAGUGUUUUUAUUAUGAGAGGCACAUUUAUGUGGAUGUAGUUAUGGCUGUUAGCAAUUCCAUUAAUGUGAUCUUCAGAUUUUCAUAAAUCACUCUGAACUGGUUUGGCAGAUGCUUAAAUUUCACGACUUGUUCCAAAGAGAUUGUCUCGCUGUGCUGAUUUAUACAAAUAGUCCCAGAACUGGUGAAGCCUCUGCCUUGUGCGUGACAAAUUUAAGCUACCUGAGUUGUAAUAAACCUUAAACAGAAUUGAAAAUGAAUUAUCAGUUUCCAUUUCAUUUGCUUUAAUCUAUAGUUUUAAAUGACUGUGCCCCUGAUACAAAUCAAUAAAUGCAGAGUGUGGCCUUGAUUCUGCAAGGGGAGUGGAGAGAUGCCUAUUGCUGAGCUGCUGGUACUUGCAGAAUGGAGGCUGGACCUUUGUGUUGUCUUAUAUGCAGUUGUUCUGUUCUUACCUGACUCUCCUGAGUGUGAAGGUGAUAUUUUGAAUAUUUCACAUGCACUGAUCACUGAGCCAGACAGGCUUACACCGAGCUGCUGGCUUGUGUUGAAUCUCCAGUGUAAUGCUUAAACUACUUUACUUUCUCUGAGUUUUGAUUGGCGUUAUCUACUUGUAGCAUUUACUCAAUUCAGUGUGAAAAUUUAAACCUUGGGAAGUGCUGCAGAGUUAACUCCGCUGAGCAAUGACUCCGCUGUGGGUGUGCUCUUGCAUUGAAUGAAGCCCAUGUUCCUGUGAAGUAAUAAAAUUGAGUUUUACUAUAAACCUUAUUUUCUUUCAGCUGUUUGGUUUCACUUUAAUUUUAAAAGCAACCGAUGUGAUAUUUGAGGGAAUGUUUGUAGCAGCUUGUUUUGGGAUGUGUUAUUAGGAGAAGCCUCUCCAGUUGAUUAGUUCAGUAACUCUGAGCUGAGUCUAAUGAUGCUCUCUGUCUCACAGUGAUGUAACUUACUGUGGUUUAAGUUCUGACAACAUACAAGAUUGGAGAUGUCACCCAUUGCAUAAAUAAGGGUGGAAAUCUUGCAUUAGACACUUUCUUCUAAGGUGGCAUUUAAAAAACACAAAUCUGUCAACAGAGCAUGUAGGACUUAAAUUGCUUUUCUAGAUCAAAAUACACUAAUGCCCUUCUUGUAUUACUUGUGGAUUUAGCUGUGUAACUAUAGAGUUAAAUCUUGUCUUUGCCACAUGUUACAAAGCUAUACAGCUUGUGAAUUUGUGAUAAUGGUGAGAAUGAAGGCUUAGCAAAUGUCUCUUUAAGCUAUUAAUCAUGAGGCUGGCAACAUCAUUGUCUUUAUUACAUUCAUAAUUUAAAAAUCCUAUCAUGGAGGAGGAAACAUGGAUGCUUGUUAAAUAUAUUCUUCAGUGCAAAGUACUAAGAAAUCAGAUCAUUAAAGUACAGAAUCAUAAGAGACACUAAAGCCUUGCCAGGAACAAUAAUUACUAUUUAUAUGUAAUAGGCACUGGGAGGAAAAAGAUGAGUCUGGUUUGCUUAUGCCUGAACUUAAUGGGUUUUAUGAGUAACCAGCUAGAAGGAUUUGGGGAUUGAAUUUCAUUUCAGAGUAUGUAAUAUUACAAACUACAGAGCUAAAAACUGUUCUAAAUGGAGUGAAAUAUCUUGAGAAAUCAACUGGUUAGUUUUCUCUCAACACAAGUAAGCAGAACAUGUGCGAAGCAGCUCCAGCUCCUGCCUGAAAUUCUGAUGGGUUCUUAAUUCUUGGGUUUAAUUUCAGCAUUGCUGGUAACUCAUCUCCGCUAACCUGGUACUUUGAGGUUCCAGACCUUACCUAAACACUGAGGUUACCCGAGGCUCUUUACAGGCAACUUUGGGAAGUGACUGAGAGGAGGAGGGAUAAAAGAAGGGGUUGGAGAAUCUGUUUGCACCACCCUGUGAUAAAUGUUUUGUGGGAGGAAGGACAGGGGAGAAACUGAGCUUUAAAAAAGAUGUAUUUAACUGGAUAAUGUGGGUCAGGUCAUGUUUAUGGUACGUAUUGAGCUUGAUGCAGACAAGGAGCCAUCUUGUUUAUGGAAACCUUUGAGAUGAGUGGGAGAGAAAUGUGGGAAGAGAUGCCUUCUGCAGGGAUCAUUGCUCUGCACAAAGGGACACUGUCUUGCUUCAAGCCUGUGCAUUUUAUAUCAACUUAAUGCAGGCAGCAACUGCAGCAAAGGAAGAAAUUCCCUCUGCAGUGUUCAGCUGAACAUUACAUUUGUUUAGGGCAGUUGGAGCUUGACAAUUUAUCCUCAGCAUCUCUUGACAGCUCCAGCCCAUUGAAGAGCUGGCAGGCAUUGCUGCUCCAGGCAGACAUGGGGCUGCUGCAAGGGAAGGCCUCACAAAGGCUCACCUUUCAGGUCUGCCUUCUUUGGGGUUUCAGGUUUGAGGAGGUUAGUGGGUUUUGUUUUGUUUUUAAAGAAGUCUGAAGUACAGAGAGUUUUAGGGUAGUUCUUCAGUUAAUAUAUUCCCUUUUCAUUCAGGAAACUUGGCUCAGGAGGUCUGUUCUCAGUUUUGCAUACUGAACUGCUUCUGUUUCACUAUUAAUGGGCAGAAAAGAGUCUUCAGGGCAGAAUUUUUGGCAGAAUUUUGGGUUUUGUCUUCUGGUGAAUGGCUCUUCAGGUGAAUGGAUUUUUUCCUUUUGAACAAGAAUAUAGCUAAAAUAUUCUUAAGUAAUGAAAUGUAGUGCCUUGAAUUAAUGGACACUUGAGAUUCUUGUAAGCAAUUGUUUGUCCCCAGAUGGGAUGUCCUAGUCUUUAGAAGGCAUUGGGAAGUAUUUUAAGGGGAUCAGUGCUGUUUAGAAAACAGGGAGCAUAAAGGUCCAGCUCCCAAAUUCACUCUUUGAACAUUUUACCAUAACGAACAUCAGAAGCAGAGCAUUUAAGUCCUGGUGCAGUUCUUAGCUGGGCUGUAGCUCAUGGCCUUUCCUGGGGCUGUGGGGAGAUCCCUGGGAGCAGCCUGAGUCAGAUGGAUCUUCCCAGGGUACUCUUUGGCCACCAGAUGUCACGCAAGGACCACCAGACCAGCGUGUGCUGCUGUGCUCCAGCUCCCAGCUCGUGGGUUGACCAAGCCAUGGUUGUCUCCUGGUUGCGUGUCACUGCCACGUCGGUGGUUGUCUUCUCACAUGUUCCUCAGCAAUGUCUGCACUGCACUUGCAGAAAGAAUGUGUGUGUUAAACCAACCCCCCACCACCACCUUCCACCCACCAUCAAAUCCACUGAAAAUCCCUCUGUAUCAAACAUGUAAGUGUUUGGCUCCAAUGUGAUUACUCCAGAGUCCCAUCAAUUUUACAAAUUGGCCGAAACAUUUUUUGGUAGAGAAGCCUUGCAUACCAGAGGUCUUUACUCUGAUCAAACUGCUGCCCUACCAUAGAUCAUGACUGUUAUUUUUAUAACUCUGUAUUACCGUGGCAAAUGCUGGGAGGGGGGAGAAACCACAUCAGUAGCAACUUCUGUCUGAUUUGUGGUCAUAUGCUUAUAACUUGACAUGGUCUUGCAAAUAACUAAACAAAACCAGGAAUUCCUUUAGGGAGAGGAAAAACCCUACCCAAAACUCCAAAAAACGGCUGCAUCAGAUAUCUUGUGUGAAGCGUCUGAAUUGCUCACAAUUUGGAUCUCUUAAUGGAAAAUGGUUCAGAACAGGAAUGGGAACUGGUUGCCCUCUGUUAGUGAGUUGGGGCUGUGCUGUGGCUGUCAACCACUGCCAUACACUGACAGCCUCCUGGCCGUGCAUUUUCUUGAAUUUUUAUUUAAUUGCUGGUGUCUGCUCAGGCUUUAUCCUAAAUUUAGUAACAUUCAGUGCUCACUUUUCUCUGCAAUACCUUUAUAAAUUCUCAUAUAAUCUGAUGUCUAAUUUUAAAGCCAUCUGUCAUUUUUGAGCUAUAUAUUUUCCAGCUUUGAAAGGUCUUAUUGAAGGAAAAUUUAAAUUCAUGGCCUACUGAAAAUGCAUUUUUCUUUAAAUUAUUCAUUGAUAAAAUGUCUUUGAACUUGUGUUUGUGUAGCUGGUGGGUUAGGGGCAGAUCUUGGGUUUCCUGGGUGGUCCUUGCACAGAUGCCCUAUCCAGUGCACUGCUCACCCCACAGCAGCAGUGGGGCUUGCUGCAUCGACAUCUCACCCAGGGACCAACCUUCAGAGAUGUGUCCCCUGUCUGUCACACGCCAUCCUGUUCACUAGGUGGCAUUGCUUCCCAGUCUAAAAGCUUCUAAAUAGUUCAUUAAUUAUGCUAAUCCCCGUGGUGGAUGGAAAGUGAACUGCACUGCCAUGGCUUCACCCUUGUGUCCUUUUUAUUCUGCUUUGCUGAUGGGAUUUCUCGGGUUGAGUGACCUGCAGCAUACUCAUCCCAGUUGUUGAAGUUCUGGGUCCAGGGAAAGCUUUGGCUUGGAAAACUUGAGCCAGCCUGUUGGUAGCCAGCUCUGUGGUGCCAAGUCCACCAAAGUCAUCAUUCUCCUCAAGUUAUUGACUUGGAUUUUCACUUUUAAUAGAAAAUGUCAGUGUACUUGCUGGAGCAGUGAUGGUGAAGCCUUGCCUCUCCUAGAGUGGGAGUAAAGUGUGCUGAUGUGGGAAUCCUUUCUGAGAUGACACCAAUCACGGGGGCAGUAGGAGAGCAGGGUGCUCUGGAGGAUAGUGAGCAGCUACUCAUCACUUGGGUAUUUGAGGGAGAUUUGCUCAUCUCUUUUCUAUGUAGCCCUGUUAUUUUAUUUUAUAUUCUUAUAUCUUCCUCCUUUCCUUACUCUAAGUCUUAAUUAAGGGCUGAAACACAGUAGAUUCAUGAAUCCUCACUGUUGCCAAUGGGAAUUAAUUGCAGCCUUUUGUAAGCUUUAAAAUGAGAUAAAUUUUGCUUUUACAGGCUCGUUUUAAUAGCAGAAGUACUUGGUUUGUCCGUGGGACACAUCAGGAAGGCAAGGUGCCAAGGUGGCAAGGUCUCUGUGAGGUGCAGCUCUCACCUCAGUAGGUGUCAGGUCCUGGGUGUGUGAAAUCACUGGAAUCUCAGCUGAGAGGCUGAGAAUGACCAAACCCCCUGGAGGCAACUGAUGGAGCUGAGAGCAGGGUGCUGCCCCUUGAGGGAGGGGAUUCCUACCCUUUCCCACUGAAUUCCAACAGUGCUUCCCAGCCUGCAAUAUUGAUGCCCCUUUCCCUUUGCAAACCGUGGAGGUGCCACAUCCCAGUUAAGAUCUGCAGAAGCAGCUCUGUCCUGAGCUGGUCAGGACAGGCGAGUCCCACGCUGGGCUCAAGAACAUCCCUGCUUUGCUCUCAUGAAAGGACAAGACAAAGUAGUUUUUGAACAAGACUUUUAAUGAACAAGCAAGAUAAAAAUAAAUGUAAAUUGAAGAUCCUGUUUCUCAUGUGUAUUUUAUUAAAGACUACAGAGUUGUUCAUUCUUGCUGUGUAGUAUAAUUGCUAAAACAUGAUUUGUAACCAAAUAUAGCUGCUUGCAUUAAAAAUGGCACUACUUCUUACUAGGGAGGAUGAUAUGGUAAAGGAAUGCUCAUUUAAACAAUUACAUAGUUCAGUUUUUGUAUUCAAAACCUCAGCUUUUUCACUUUUUUAAAAGUGAACAUAACCUUGAGAUGGUUUUUAGCUUGAAUUUUGUUGGACUGCAUUUGGAUGAAGAAUGGUAUGCAAUUAAAAUAAACAAUAUACUUUUAAAACUGGUUAUAUACAGAAAUUAAACUUGUCAAACCAUGUUUUGCAUUUUGCAGUGAUUGAGUACAAGAUAAUGAAUGUGACAGAUUCUGGUCACAACAGGACAAUGCCUUUCAUCGUCCAGGGCCUCUGUAGCCAUGGAAAGCAUUUCCAGAAGCCAUUUACGAGAGAGCAAGGGCUUACAUUUACUAAUUUACCUACAGCUUUUUGAAAUGGUUUGUGUGGCUUUUUUCCUCUGAAAUUCUAGAAUUUCUGACUCUCGCCCUUCCAUUGUGGGUUCAGAUUUGGCCGGUGAGCAAGGAUGGGAAGAUUGAUUCCCUGUUUCCCAGUUCCAUCUGAGCUGGGCUGGGUGAAGAUCACCUUGCCCUACACUUGGUAGCUGCACUGGAAACUGGUGGCAUGAGGAGAUGAGCUUCCUGUGUGACAAAAUGUGCAGAUCUUUACACUGUAGGAAAUAAAAAAUCCUUUGUUCCAGUCUUAAGAUUGAUGCGGUAUUCCAGUGUGGGACCCAGUGCACUUAAGUAACCAAAGGGUAACCAAAGGGUUUUGUGUCUUCUGAAGGCAGGGAUGCUCCUGAGUUUGUAACCUGCUAGAACUCCCACAUCCGUCACCUGAAGUUGGCCUUUCUAAAAUACCUGGUUGUUGAUGAUGUGGGAGCAGACAGUCGAGGCUGUACUAUACAAGGCUGGGAUCCUGAGGCAUCCUCAUUUCUCUCUUGCUCUCAAAAGGUUUAAAUAUUUGCUGGCUCCAGCUCAGUGUUGACUGGAAAGGGAAAGUGUUGUGGCAGUCCUGGUGUGCAGGAAAAAGCCUUUUCAAACCUCCUCUCUGCUGUUUCCCAGGGAAUUCAAGAGCCAGUUGUAUAUCCACACCUUUCAUUCCUAAGUACCCCUCUUGUGACAGUCAGAUACAAACUAUUUCAGAGAUGUCUUUAAAAAUCAAUAGUCCUGUUAAAAAAGUAAACCACUUCCCUCUCAUUUGAGAUGAAGUCUCCAAGAGCCUGUGGCUGUCUCUGGGGAGGAUCAUCAAAAACAUCCUCAGCCUCACUCCCAUGCCAGAGUUUUCAUCUGGAGGAAAAGAACAAUUACAUUUAAUUUGAAAUGCUCUUAGGAGAUGAUAACUUUUUUUAGAAUUAGAAUUAAAAUCAGGAUUUUUUUAGACUUGAUGGGAAGUUUUGGAUACUUCCAACCUUAUCUUAACAAAAACAUUGAUUUUUGGUUAGAUGUCUCCAAAGUCACACUUCUGAAAGCUCAUUCAACAGAAUGCUUAAAGGUUUUAUUUCUAUCCCAAAGGUGAAAGAAAACAACUCCAAAAUGUCAGAAAUGCUGUUACCUGAUGAGCUCUGUUUUUUGUAAGGUCAAGAAAAAAUGAUGGAUACAGUAACAAGUGUUUCUACUGUUGCCUUUUAAAAUAUAUAUGUGAUGCUCAAGUUCAUAAGUGAAGUGUGUGCCUUUCAGAAGCUAAAAAAUAGCAGUGUAAAGCCAAAGUCCUUGGUCUGUCCCUCCUUGUUUCUCCUGAAAUCGAUUUUUGUUUUAAGUUCUUCUGGUGUAAAUAAUUUUAAUGAAAAGGAGAAAAUUGCUAGGUGGAGUUUAUCAUCUGGAAUAUAUAGGCUUAGAUGGUUUUUUGAAAUACAGAAGACAGGUGAGGAUAGCUCUGAAUGCCCUGGAGAAAUAGUGCCCAACCCUUUAAAAAGAAAAUAAUAAUUAAAAAAAAAAAGUUGUUAUCUUUCAGUAGACUGACCUGGUGCUAUUCUGUGUGAAUUAAAGGGUUGGGGCUGUGGGUGCAGCCCUGGCACAGCCAGGGUGUCCCUGGGAAUGUGAUGGAGCUGCUCCUGUGCCUUGGACACGUUGCAGGGCCAGACCCCUUCCCUUUCUCACAGCUCUUGAAGCAGAGGCAAGAGCAGCUGAGGACCCUCAUCCUCCCCACUACAUUUUCUUGAAACUGUGACCCAAGAGAUGGGGGGUGUUUAUGGAGGGCAGCAGGGAAAAAGGAGAUUUGAGCAAGGUCAUGAUCCAUCCCACGGUGGAUCCAUGUGAUCCAUGAUCACACUUGCUCUGUGCUCCUCAUUUCUUCCUUUUAUCCAGCUCUGAUAAACACAUACCAGUUUGAAGGAAAAGGAGAGAGGAGAGGAAACACUUGAGGUAGGAAGGGACCACCUGGGUCCCUGCCCAUCUCCUUCCCAGGAGAGGUUUGCCUGCAGGAACACGUGUCUGCAGAGUUUUGUGCUCUCAAAACCUCUGUGCCUUUGGUCUUUACUGCUGGGAGGUCCUCUGAGGCGUUGGUUCGAAAUUCAGCUCGUGUCUCUUGUCCCAUUCCCCCACACCUUUAUCAGGGUCCCGUAGAGCAUCCUCCCUCUCCUGUGGCAGGAGGGGGCUGGUCCCAGCUCUCAGCCCUGGUCGUUUUCCCAAACACCUGAAUUCCCCUGCCCUGAUCCUGUCCCUGAUCACCUCCGUGUGGUUUUGUCACCGGGGCUGUGCUGAUGAGCCUUUUCCUGUCCUGCCUGUGCCUCUGCCAUCAGCAGUGACCGUCCCCAGGGCAUCACGGCAGGGAGCAGGAACCUCUUUGCUGACACCAGCGGGCGUUCGAGGGGGUCCGUAAUGCUUUGCAGACAAUUUUCUCUCUGUUAUUGUUUUAAACUCCAUGUUAGCCAUUCCUGCUUCCCAGGUUUCCGCAUGUUUCAAAUUAUUUUCCCCAGAGGCAUCGACAGCAUUUUUCCAAAUUGAAUCUCAUUUAUUUUCUACCCAGGUUUCCAAUCUCUCUGGGGCCCUUUGUAUUAUUUCUCAGUCCACACUGCCAUGUACAAUAUAUCCUAAUUUAGUAUCAUCUGUGAAUUAUAUUACCAUGCCCUUUAGUUCUUCUUCUAUUUAAUGAAGAUAUUUCCAAGAAAAAAAAAUCUAAACUACAUUUUAUUAAAAUAAGAAGGUAGAGUCUUAAAAACUCCUUUGUGGGUUUCCAAUAUGAAUUCUAAAUCUUUUUCAAAGGAAUCUUCAGCGUUUUAAAGAGAAAUUAAAAUCUUCUAAAUACCAAAGUUCGUAGGUGUAAAAAUUAAUCAGUUUUUCAAUUAGCUGAGACCUCUGUCCCUGUGUAGCGAGCUCUGCAUAGUGCACUUUCCCUGACACAGACACCAUCUAUGUACUUGCAGCAGAUUUUUUUUUAAACCAGCACCAAACAUAUGUUUCAAUUCCUCCAUAAAUUUGUUCCCUUUCCCUUCCUGACCUUUUCAGGUUUGCUCUAUGUGGCUGUUCUAGCAAACAUGUACACCGUCAGGAACGGUGCUGAAGCAGCAUAUUUUAAUGCAAACUAUGCAGGCUUAUUCAUAGGAAGUGAUUUUUAAAUUCAGAAUCAUGAAUAUUUGCACUGUAAGGUUGAUUCUGUUGUAGCUUUUUAUUUAUAAGAGAAGAAGUGCUGCCUGUUGGUGCCUGGCUGGGAGAGCACCAGGCCCCUGUUGUGGGGAAUGCACCGAGCUAUGGGAGCUGCGUGUCCUAUAACACAGCUCAGAUUUCCAGCCCUGGAUAGGGAAAUAGCACUGGCAGCAGACAGUUUGCUGGAGAUUCAUAUCCGAAAAUAUUUGCUGCAUUAUUUCUAGCAAUGGGCAAUUUCAUGAAGACUAUGAUCUGCUUGUGAAGAGAAAUAAGAUGUAAAUUGGAUUAAUAAAUUGUUCUCUGCAAA